UGUUUAACUAGACAGUUUGAGAUUUAUAAAUGAUCUUGAUGCCAGACGACCUGUAAUGUGAUAAAUAGCUAAAUUCUAGUAUUGUCAGCUGGCGAAAUCAUCUGUGGAUCAGCGCAUAAGCGUUGCGAUUUGCAUCCGUCAUCUUCAUUUUGUUUAGUGAAUUAUCAUAGUAAUUCUAUUUUCAUAAGAAUGAACUCAGAGGAAUUAAGUCUCUCAAGUCUAUCAGAUGAAGAUCCAAAAUUAGCUGAUGAUGAGAGGUCAAGGUCCAGGUCCAAAGAACAUCGUCACAAGCACAAAAAGAAGCACAAACGUCAUUCUCAUAAACAUAAGCACAGACAUAAGUCUUCAUCAAGAAAAGAUAGGAAACACAAGAAACACAGAUCAAGACACAGGAGAAAAGACUCCAGUAGCUCAGAGUCUCAGGACGAAGAUGUUGAAAUUAUUGACGAACUCUUGGAAUCCGGACUAGGCGAUUUGGAUGAUGUGGAGCCUCAUAGCCAAGCCCUAGAAACCAGAGGUAGAGAUGUGGAAAUUUUACGUUCCUCAACUGGUAAUGGUGUUCUAGAAUCCAUGAAAAUUGUUGUCAACAAUCAAAAUGGCAGUAAAAAUGACGAGUUUACUACUAAUAUUAUAAGCAGUGAAGAGCAAGAGGUCAGUGAAGAUGCUUCGAGAGAUGCUAUCCGUAAAGCAGAUGACAUGUGCAUGGAUUCAUCAGACUACCUCUACAUAGGUGAAGACCUUAACCUGGAAGAGCUUAUGAAACAGAAGGCAGCCCUUCAAGCAUGCCUUGGGGCAUACAUGAGUGAUGUAGAUGACGACGACAAAGAAGUUGUUGUACAGAAGCCAGUAGUAGUAGAGGAAGAGGAAGGUGAAGAGGAGGAUGAUGAUGUUCAGAUUACCAAGGUGUCCAGAGAGGAGGUUGUGACUGUUGAGGAUUCUGAUAAUGAAGAAGUAAAGAAAAAAGAAAGGAAAAAGGACCGGGAACCCAAACCCAAAAAGAGAAAGCGAAGCAGGUCAAGAAGUGAGGCUGAGGAUAAGGAGAAAAGAUCUCGCCGUGAAAAAGAGAGGCGAGACAAAGACCGCCAUGAUGAAAAGCCAAGUCGGAGAGAGGUUGGUCAUCGAAAGGAACAAGAUGCUUCAUCAAGGGAAAGGUCUAGAUCUCGGGCAGAGGAACAACAGCGCCGAGACCGCAGCAGGGAUAGGAGUCGUGAAAGAAGGGAGAAAGAGAGGAUAAUGCGUGAAAGGGGAAAGUUACAACAAGAACGCGAACAAAGAGAACGGGAAUGGAAAGAACGUGAGGAAAGGAGAAAAAGGGAUUGGGAGAAAAGAAUGGAAGAAAGGAAAGAGCGAGAAAGGCUUCGGGAGGAGCGUUUACGGGAUAGAGGAGAUAGCAGGGACAGAGACAGAGACAAAGAUAGAGAUCGUCGAAGAGAUGAUGGUUACAGGGAAAGAGAAAGAGAUAGUCAUCGAGAGAAAAGGCAAGACAUUGAAUUUGGACGUAGUCGAGAAAUUGAUCGGGAGAGAGAACGUCAAAAGGAGUUAAUAUUUGGGAAGCCUAAAGAGUCAUCAUCUGACAGUGAAGUAGCUGAUAUAGAUUUUGAAGAAGAUGAAGAGGAAGAAGAGCAGAAAAUUGAAAGAAUGAGAAAACAGCGUGAAGAAUUGUACAAGAAACUAGGAGUUGACAGAGAUUCUUGUCAAGUAACACCAGUUAGUAGUGCAGUGCAGUCACCAGUAAACACACCAAGAGAUUCUCCUAUGCCACAGUCAAGGCCUUCGUCACGAGCAAAGUCUGUUGAUGUUACUGAAAAAUCAAAAUCAAGGUCGGCUUCACCUCAUUCAGAUGGAUCAAGCAGUGCCAAUAGUCAGGAAAGAACUAAAAACAGCAAUAACAAAAAGAGUAGAAGCAAGAGUGGUAGUAGUAGUAGGGAAAGCAGUAGAAGUAGUGAAGAUAAAGAAAAUAAAGCAAGAGAUGGUAAGAGAGACUCCUCUGAUAAAGAAAAGCAGGAUAGUGAAUCAGAAAAAUCUGCCAAGGGUGACAAUGCCAUGUCCAAAGUUGCAUUGAUUGGUGAAAAAGAAAUGAGAAAUGAAGACAUGUUUUCUGAUAUGUUUGGUGACAAUUUUGCGGCUGAUCGUUUGGGUGACAUACACACUCGAGGUAUUGAGAAUCCCAACUUAACAGAUAACUGGGAUGAUGCCGAGGGUUAUUAUCGAGUCCGCAUUGGUGAAGUACUUGAUUCCAGAUACACUGUGUAUGGGUAUACAGGUCAAGGAGUAUUCAGUAAUGUUGUGAGAGGUAGGGAUGCUGCUAGAGCUGGCCAAGAUGUAGCCAUUAAAAUCAUCAGGAACAAUGAAGUUAUGCACAAGACAGGUAAACGUGAAUUGAACAUCUUGAAGACGUUGAAUGAUGCAGAUCCUGAUGACAAAUACCAUUGCCUUCGUUUAUAUCGGCAUUUUUUCCACAAGAAUCAUUUAUGCAUGGUGUUUGAACCUUUGUCAAUGUCAUUAAGAGAAGUUUUGAAGAAGUAUGGAAAAGAUGUAGGUCUUCAUGUGAAGGCUGUCAGAUCUUACACCCACCAACUCUUUUGUGCUCUUAAACUUCUGCGGAAGUGUAACAUUCUUCAUGCUGAUGUCAAGCCUGAUAACAUUUUGGUAAAUGAAAAGAAGCUUGUUUUGAAGUUGUGUGAUUUUGGAUCUGCAUCAAAGGUGACAGAAAAUGAAAUCACACCAUAUCUUGUUGCCAGGUUCUACAGAGCUCCUGAAAUUAUUCUUGGUAUGACUUACGACUUUGGUAUAGAUUUAUGGUCUGCUGCAUGCACUAUUUAUGAACUGUAUACUGGAAAGAUCAUGUUCCCAGGGAAAACUAAUAAUCAGAUGCUGAAGUUGUUCAUGGACUUGAAAGGAAAAAUGCCAAAUAAAGUAAUUAGGAGGGGUGCAUUUAAAGAUCAACAUUUUGAUAAUGCAUGUAACUUUCUGUACAGAGAUGUCGACAAAGUUACAGAGAAAGAAAAGAUUGUAGCUAUGGCAACAAUAAACCCUACUAGAAAUUUACAGUUGGAGCUCCUAGGUGAGGGAAACCUUCCUGAAGAUCAUGCAAGAAAAGUUACCCAAUUAAAAGAUUUGAUGGAGAGGUGCCUGAUGUUAGAUCCUGCCAAGCGUGCUACUAUAGACAAUUGUUUAAUGCACCAGUUUAUAAGGGAGAAAAUGUAGAUCUCAUAGAAGCUUUGGUUGUGAUGCCAGUGGUUAAAAAGAUUGGACAUGUGUACUAACGCAUUAUGUAGUUAUUCAGUAGUGGUUGAUAUGUAUUACAUAUAAAAAUAUAAAAUUUUCUUUGAUUUGAGAAGCAUAUUUCCUUAAUAUUAUUGUGAUUGUUCCUGAAAAGACUUUAUUUGAUGUUAUAUGUCAUUUUCUAUUUGCAUGUAUAGUAUGUAUUCACAUUGGUAAUCAGGGUCUAUCAAUUGCUCCUUUUUUUCCAUAUUAGUAAUUUUUUUUGAACAAUUACUAUGCUUUUACUUUUUUACUGCAAUUUAUUGUGUAAAAACACCCUAGCAAAGUCACUCAGGAGUAAAAUAUGCUUAUGUCAUUUGAUAUGAUUUGUAAAUAUACAAAUCUAUGACAGAUUACAGUAUUUUCAGGUAAUAUAUGAAAGAGGUCAUGGCCUUUUCUGUAUUUAAGUUAAAAAGGUUGUGCAAGAUAUCACCCCCUCAGAGUCAACAAAAACAGCAAUAAAUUAUCUAGAUUUACUUAGUUUUUGCAGAUUUUUAUGACAUUAAAAGUUAACUCUUUUUGUUGUCAUAAUUUGUGAUAAAUCUCUAAACUAGAUCAUAGUUUAUGAAACUUAGUUUCAUCUUUUAUUUGAAUACGGAUAGCCUUUAGAAGGAAACCAGUUUUAAAUAUCAAUAAACCACCAACUACUUUUAAAUUUCAAUACACCACCAAUUUUAAUUUCUGGUUACAAGAAAUCUUUAAUUAAUUUUUUUUAAAACAUGACAUUCAUGUAGGUAUAAUGAAGUCAAAUGUUAUUAUGUAUUGAUAAUGAAGAUCAUUGAAUAAUUUAACCAAAAUUUAUUGUGGUGUCUGUGUAUCACUGAGGCAAUAAUAUGCUUGAGUUAAUUGUAGUGUAUUUUAUCAAGUACAUGAUUAAAUUAAACAAAAUUUAUAAUAUUCUUUUAAGUAGCAGUGGGAUUUUGAACACCCCCAGAUUAUUUUCAUCAAUGAAAUAUUGGUUUUAUAAAAUUUUUAAGUUGUAUUUUCAGUAUGAUGAUCAUAAAUUUCUCUCUUUAGAGUACUAUAAUACAAUUUGCAUCAUUAAUAAAGAGGAAUAUGAAAGUUUUCACUACAGAAGUAACGUAAAAAAUAUGUUUAUCCUAACCACCCAUUGAGUAUAUCUUGUCAGUGACAGAUAAAGUUUGCAUCAUAAUCUUCUCUAUUGAAAUAUGGCUGGUUGGAUUACGGUGGCCCCAUUUUUACACAGAAAUAGGCUCCAGAACCUACUGCAGAAAUGCAAAAUUCCCCUCUAAAAAUGCUUAUAACUGUCUAAUACCUAUUUUAACAUUUCACUGCAUAAUUUGAUAGUUUUAAAAAAAAUAUAUACCUUAAAUUAUCAUACUAAAAUGGUUUAAUAUUUCAAACAAAAAUAAAUCCCAAAACACCCAAAGUAACCUUACAUUACAGUACUCUCCUACUACUGUUAAGUAGGCUAUAUACACCACUAAAACGCUUAUAACUUGAGACCACUAAAACACUCAUAACUAGAGAGUUCAAAAAAAAAUAUACCUCAAACUAUUAUCUCAGAACACCGUAAUAUCAUUUCAAAGUCAUGUUGCAGAAUGAAGUACCAGCCUACAACUGUUAAUCUCAAGUAUCCCCUAUCAUCCAGAAGCACGUUUUCUUUGCCCUACAGCAUCAUUCUGUGCAUAUGAUAAUGAUAAUGCACUGGGUGUGCAUUUUACAUAUAGUGUUGGGUGUACAUUUUACGCAUAGUACAACUAUUGAUAUUUUCCUGUUAUAAGAUGAUUGUGAAAUGAUAUUUACUGUACAGGUACAUAUUUCAGGAUAGUACUAUUGUAUAGAGCAUAUCUAAAGUACAUGGGUAGUUUAGAACAGCGGCACACAACCUCCAAAGAAAAUGCUCUGUUUAUAUGUCAUGUUAGUAUUUUUGUGAUUACGUACAAAUACAUUUAUGAUAAAAAAAUUAUUUAUACUACAGUAAGUUCUUGGUUUGUCAUUUUGUGGUUAAUCCUCAACACCUCCCAAAAUUUAUUUAAAAAAUUCUUGUGCUAUCAUUCUCUUGAUGACAAUUUUUGUUCUCUCCCUCUCUCUCUUUCAUGGAUACCAGUAUGUACUGUAAUGUACAUAUCCUUUUAAUGAAAAUAAUAUCAAUUACUCUACCAUAAACAUAAAAAUACAUGAAAACAAACAAAUCCAUGAAUUUCACAACAUGAUGGAGGUAUACUAUUGUUGCCACAUUUUUUGCUUGUCUCAUUUAUAGUAUCAUAUUUCAUUACCUAUUUAGUUUACUAUGAUUAGCACACACUAUAACAGUACACAAGAGAAUAUUUUAUCACAGUUGUUUCAUCACAAAUUAAUGUAAAAGUAUUUAAAAAAAAAAAUUUCAUGCAAGAUGGUAAGGACUAACCAUGUUUGUAUUAAAAUAAAUGAUUCCUAAUAAUAUGUACUACUAAUUUUCAAAUAAUAAUAAUAUACUGUAACUGUAUCAUUUAUGAUUUUCUUUAGUAAAGAAUGUGAAAUUGUAAAGAAACCUAAUUCAUGCCCAAUCUUCUCUGAAAGCUGUGAAACAAGGGGGAGGGGGAACCUGUCAAAUAUCUUGUGGUACAGUUUCACCCUCCCACCUCACUCACAGCUUUCAGAGAAGAUUGGGCAUGAAAUAGGUUUCUUUACAAUUUCACACUGUUUACUAUAGAAAUGCAUAAAUGUUUUAUUACAGUAUAUUAUUAUAUGAAAAUUAGUAAGUACUUAUCAUGAGGGAAAUCUCUUUUAAUGAAAAAAUACAGCAAUUAGUAAAUACACAAUGUUGCUCUAUGAAAAAAAAGCAAAUUAGUGAUAAUUUUAGAGAUACAGCCCAAAACCAUUCCACAAGUUAGUGAAAUUUUCCCCACAGACAAGUGAGUGAUGUGUUGAAAAAUCACUUGCAACAAUAUGAAAUGCAGAAACGUGAAAUGCGUAAAAAAGGGGCACUGUAAUCAUUUCAAACAACUCUAGUUACAGUGUAGCAUAUAAAUUAUAGUUUUACAUAGGUGUUAAGUUUUGACCAAAGUUUGUCUUUUCUCCUAUUUGCUAAAAAAAAAAAAUUACUUACUCCAGGUACUCAAUCACUACUUUCACUCAGUACUGUGAAUCAGUUUUUAUUAAAAAGCUGAAAAGGUCAUACCUUCCACAGACAAGAAACUGCUUAUUUGCAGAACUUAGCUGGAAUAUGUAGCCUGAAACUAAAAUAUAUUUCAUUAG